UGAUAUUGUUUGUGUUUAACACAAUCUGAGAUAUGUUAUCAUCGCCAUAAAUGUUGUUCUUUGUUUCCAAGUGCUUUGAAUAGAUUAAGAAACAGGUUUUCAUGACUAGAUUUAUGUCCUGCUUUGUUAAUUCCAUCAUUAGGCAGAUCAACUAAGCUUAAAAACAGGGAAGGCAAAUUCUUUAAGGAAAAGGCCUAAGACUAUUGAAAAAUAUUAAAUAAUUGAAGAUCAAACCUCAGUUGUACUGGGGAGGAUCAAACUAUAUUUUUGUGAAUCUUUGAAAGAAAAAAUCGUAAUUGUAAAAGCAGUCUUCAGGUUAGAAUUUCAAUAAGAUGUACCAUUGAGUAUGCUGUAGAAGUAACUUGAAAUGAAUUGCCUAGACUCAGUAAUAAAAUGUUUGAGUCAUAAUCUCAAAUUUAUUAUUUUUUCCUCCCUUAAUUUCCACUGACUUUUGAAAGCAGUUUUAUGAUUUAACAGGAGAGCGAGGAAGCAUGUUCUAAAAAUAAGUAUUAAAUGCAGUAAAAGUGACAGUAAUGCCUUCUGCUUUUGUAAGCAGAUCAAGAUAAUACUGUUCCUGCUUGUACCUUUGCUGUUUUCUGUCUACAAAGCAAUCUACAGGAAAAUGGUUGCCUUUUUACUUGAUUAAUCAAGGAGAUAAUCUACUGUGUAUUUAGCAGAAUUUGUUGUAACACAUUCGCUGUGCCACACUGGGGUUCACUAUUGGCCAAGGUGCUAAGAUGUUUGAUGUCAACUUAGACUACAACUAUCUCUUGAGUGGCCAGUUGAAAUAUUUAAUUCUUUAAGAGUAAUCUGCAAUACUGCUAAUCAUGACAAUAUCUUUACACUUGUAUCAAGUGUGAAGUUAAAUCAUCUAGGAUGUAAUGAAGAUUUUCAACUACUUAAGAGCUUUCAUACAUAGAUUCUUGAUGCUUUAGGGUAUAAAUGCAGUGUGUGGUGCUCCCUGGGGAAUUUCCAUACUACUUUGAGAAGAGUUCAGAGAAUUCUCUGAAACAAUCCUGUACUGCAUUGUUUGCCAUGAACAGCAGAUUGAAGAACUUCUUCCAGUUUUAGUUUAAGAGAAUGUUAUAGGUUAGUGAUAGGUUGUCGCAGAAUUUUAAGGGAGGGAAGGAAUUGGAAAGAAAAUUUUAGAAGGCGCAUAUUUUAUUUGUGGAAAGGUCAUGCAACAUGGAUACAUAUUAAUUAGUAGUGUUGUCUCCCUGCAUUGCUUAAAAAUGCUGAUUUUAAAAUCUACAGGAAAAAAAAUAAGGUAGUAUAUCUGCUUUUUAUAAUUAAAGAAAUCAGCAACACAUCUUUAGAUUAGCAAAUAAAUUUUUUGAUUCCAUCUCUAUACGUGACAACCUAUUAUAAAUUGCCUGAGAGAGGUGAUGAUACCAGAAAGGUAAGAAGUGGGUUUUUUUGUCUGGGCUUAGGAUUUUGGGGUUUUAAUUUACUAUGAGGUAAUAAGAGAAAAAUCAUGAAAUCUCUGUGGAACAAAUCCUUCAAAGACCUUAAAUUCUAAUAGUUAUAGAGACAGAUAUCCCUUUUUUCAAAAUCAUGCCUUUGCUCAAUGAAAAUUCAGUAGAAACUCCAGUCUUUCAGUUUUAAUAUUGUCUCAAUAUUCGAGAGGAAUUAAAUGUAGUUUUUCCUUGAAUAUUAUUAUUUUCCAAGCUAUAUGGAUAUAAAACAAGAUUUAAGUCUUUAGAAAAAAUUACGUCUUCUCAUGAUAGCACAUUUAAGAACCUGGAGAGCUAGAAGAUGGACCAAACAGCUUUCUGUUUUAGAUGACUUAAUGAAGCAAGCAAAUAUCAAUUCUAUAAAGAGAUUAAAUUGCCAUACUGCACUUGAGGUUUGUCUGUCGGCAUCUUGGAUGCUACUGGGUAGCUGAAUUUACAGGUGAGACUCAUGUUUAUUUUUUACACCUGUGAUGCACUUUAAAUACAAAUUAUUGCACACCCCUUUAUUUGUUUUAAAUUCUGCUUUCUUAACAGUGUAAAAUACCUGUCAGUAUUCUGAUAUGAGGGUGUUCUUUUCCCUAGCUCAUCAUCUGUCUUUGUGAAACCAACUUGGUGUGAAUGCAGUAUUCAAAGUGGGUGGAAUCUCCUUGAAUAAAGGAGAAGAUGGAGGUGCCAACAGUCAGCAGUAAAGAUAAUGGUGUAUCUCAUGUUCUGACUCUAGCGCUGCAAGAGCUCAGUUUGCUCUGUAAGAGAGAUGUCAAUGGCGUUGGUACGCUCUAUGACCUGCUCAGAUCUCGCUGGCUGCAAGCACUGCUAAAGAUUUAUGAAUGCCUUCAACACUAUCUCGGAAAAAGACCAGAUCCUGUCACGCUGCAGGCACGCGCAUUGAGUCGUGAGGUAGUCGAGUUACUUCAUCAAGCCCCUCAGUCAGGAGAGAUCAAAGAGCUAAGACGACUACUGCGUUCUCCACACUUCAAGGCCUUGCUAUCUGCUCAUGAUACUGUGGCCCAGAAGGAUUUUGAACCAACCCUUCCACCACUGCCAGACAACAUACCUGAAAAUGAAGAAGCUAUGAGGAUUGUCUGCUUAGUGAAAAACAACCAACCUCUGGGUGCUACCAUUAAACGCCAUGAGAUAACAGGUGACAUAACGGUUGCCCGUGUGAUCCAUGGUGGGCUGGCAGACAGAAGUGGGUUGCUGUAUGCUGGAGACAAAUUGGUGGAAGUAAAUGGAGUUCCUGUUGAGGGUCUUGAACCUGAGCAAGUCAUUAAUAUUCUGGCCCUGUCUCAGGGGACAAUUAUGUUCAAAUUAAUUCCAGUUUCUGAUCGGCCUGUCAGCAACCAAACAACACUGUAUGUGCGAGCAAUGACAGAUUACUGGCCCCUGCAAGAUCCUGCCAUACCAUGUGCUGAUGCAGGUUUGCCUUUUAAGAGGGGUGAAAUACUCCAGAUUGUGGACCAGAAUGACGCUUUCUGGUGGCAGGCCAGGAAAGUUUCAGAUCUCAGUGCCUGUGCUGGACUCAUACCCUCAAAUCAUCUUCUUAAAAGGAAGCAGCGAGAAUUCUGGUGGUGUCAGCCCUUCCAGCCCCACCUGUGUCUCAAAUCAUCAAUGUCAGUAAGCACUGUGGAAGAAGAGGAUGACAUGCAGAUUGACGAAAAGUGUGUGGAAACAGAGGAGCUUAAAGAAGAAGAGGAAGAAUUUGGUGAAUUUGGUCAACGAGUCUUUAUUGCUGGAUUCCGCAGAAGCAUGCGGCUGUGUCGCAGGAAGGCCCGGCUCAACCAGCAGUCCUGCUACUCCCGCUGCCCCAGCAGCUGCUACAGCACCCUGGCAGCUCCCUACGAAGAGGUGGUCAGGUACCAGCGGCACCCAACAGACCGGCACAGACUAAUUAUCCUUGUGGGUCCUGCAGGAGUUGGUGUGAAUGAGCUACGGCGAAGGCUAAUCACAAGUAACCCACGAGAGUUUCAAAGUGCCACACCUCACACCACUCGUGUUCAGAAAAGUUAUGAAAUGAAUGGUCGUGAAUACCACUACAUAUCGAAGGAAACUUUUGAAAACAUGGUGUAUAGCCACAGAAUGCUGGAAUAUGGGGAGUACAAAGGGUACCUGUAUGGUACCAGUAUUGAUGCAGUGCGAACAGUCCUUGAUGCAGGGAAGAUCUGUGUAAUAGAUUUAGAACCACAGGGUAUACAAAUAGCCCGGACCCAUGAGUUAAAGCCCUACAUUAUAUUCAUCAAGCCACCCAGCAUAGGCUGCAUGAGGCAGACUCGUAAAAAUGCCAGGAUCAUUACGGAUUAUUAUGUGAACAUGAAGUUCAAGGAAGAAGAUUUACAGGAAAUGGAAGAAUCAGCUAAGAAAAUGGAAGCUCAGUUUGGUCAGUUCUUUGAUCAUGUGAUUGUGAAUGACAAUUUACAAGAAGCAUCUGCACAGCUGCUGUCUGCAGUACAUCGUGCACAGGAUGAGCCCCAGUGGGUCCCUGCAGUAUGGAUAUGCUCAGACAAUCAGCCCUAAUUCUAAACAGCAGGCAGCUUCAGAAAGAUUACAGCUUAUGUUUUACUUCAAGAAUAAUCCUAAUGUCAGGAUUGCAAGAAUUUAUCUUUGUAUGUGAGGGAUUUGGAAGAGCAUUAGGAAAGAAGCUCCAACAGGAGAUAUAAUCAUACUAUAUUCUGUGUAGCUCUUGAGCAUUUUAUGUUACUUUUGUACAAAAAGAAGGGAAAUACUGUGAGUACUCAAUUACAAGAAUAAAGAAAAAUCUAUUUUGUUGCAUG